AUGGACUAUCGUCCUUGUGAACACAGUGUAACUCACGAGAAAGGAGUAUGCAUGUUUACUCAGUAUUGCAGCCUCGCCAAUGGCAGCCACCUUACUUUUUGUAUGGAAGGGUUUAUCUAUAUGAGCUGUUGUAAACUACCGCCAGGAGUCACAGGUGUAAAGGGUAUGUUUUCUAUUAUUACUAAUGAGAUCGAACAGAGCAUUCCAAAUGGCGAGGAAAAUGUUGGUACAUCGACAGAAGAAAUUGCUACUACUAGUUCAGUAACAGAACAUCUUACAAACACAACUUACUUCAAUACUGUUACAGAAAACUUGCCCCAAACGCCUUACAUAACAAGCGGAGAACAUCCGUCGUCUGAUACUACAACUUGGCAUCCAACUGACACGGAAAGCACGAUUGACGUGUCUUCUCUGACUUCUCCUCAACCAGACAUUUUAAAGACGUCUACCGAGGUAGAAGAUUCUCUAUCUACAGAAGAAGCACCAGAAUUGUCUAUAACAACAGAACCAGCACCGGAAUCGUCUAGUGACCAGGAGAAAACGCUUAAACCGACUUCUACGUCAACUUUAUCUCCUAAUGUAGAUUCAUCAAACGGUCCUUCAACAGCAGAAACAACAAUAGACACCACUUCGCCUACAUUAAUGGAGACUUCCGGUCUCUCCACAACUCAAGAAGGAAUCACAACAGUGCAAUUUACUAGUUCAACUGAAUUAAAUGAGAAUGAGCAAACAACACAAAAAUUCACUAGUAACGAGUAUCUACAAACUGAAACCGAAACACCCAGUCCAACAACUACACCUCCACCAUCGACACCUCCACCUACUUCCAACGAAACAUCGAAUUUCAGGACAGUUUGCGGUCGUCCUAACAAGGGGCCUGUCGGAAGAAUUGUCGGUGGAGAAACUUCGAAUUUUGGAGAAUGGCCUUGGGUGGUGUCUCUCCGACAAUGGAAGAAAAACAGGUUUCUUCAUAAAUGUGGAGCCGCUUUACUGAACGAAUUUUGGGCAAUUACUGCUGCUCACUGUGUAGAAAACGUUCCGCCACCUCAACUUCUCCUCCGAAUUGGCGAGUAUAAUAUCAACAGUGACGAUGAACCUCACAGUCACGUGGAACGACGAGUGCAGCUAGUUGCUCCCUACCCCAAAUUUGACAGGGCCACAUUUGAAUACGACCUAGCUUUGUUGCGGUUUUAUGAACCUGUAAAAUUCCAAAGGAAUAUCCUGCCUAUAUGUAUUCCUUCUGGAAACGAAGAUUAUGUCGGUCGCAAUGCCACCAUUACUGGCUGGGGUAGACUGUACGAAGACGGCCCUCUACCGGAAAUCCUUCAUGACGUGAAAGUGCCCGUGAUAACAAACAAGAAAUGUAUGGAUAUGUACAGAAAAGCAGGGUACAUAGAAGACAUACCAGAUAUUUUCAUUUGUGCUGGGCUAUCUGAAGGUGGAAUGGACUCUUGUGAGGGGGACUCGGGAGGACCACUGGUCAUUCAAGAAGAAAAUGGGCGAUGGAUUUUGGCGGGCAUCAUUUCUUGGGGAAUUGGGUGUGCAUUACCCAACCAACCAGGCGUUUACACUCGCAUCACCAAAUUUUCUGAUUGGAUCAAUCAAAUAAUUAUAUUUUAA